AGAUCAUCCAGCACGAGUUUCCACUGUUGCCGUCGUGCUACCCCGCCGAGUUUACAUCCCUCCUCCAAGGUCUACGGAAUAAGGACCCCGAGAAGCGCCAGUCGCUCGGUGCCACUCUGCGAAUGCCCAUGCUUCAACACAGCUUGCGCGCAAUUCAAAUGAGUGCGAUGGGUACCUCGGAUAUGCAAGCCUCCGACUCUGUGGACGACACCGAUCUAGGCGAUGGCCUGGUCGACGACACGCGUCGCAACACCAAUGGACCGACCUGGUUCCCAUCGACAGCACGGUCACAUUCGACAUUUUGUUGAGUUUUCAACAAGACCAAGUUGCAACGGGAAUUCGACCGCCCACGCUAGCCAGACAAGCCCCAAGAUGAUGGCGGGUGUGGCAGGAAUGGCUCGAGGAGGAGACCGCAAGUGUUGGGUGGAAAGCGCUGGCUCCGAUGACGUCGACGAAUUCCUGGAAGGGCCGAUCUCGUCCAUGCCGUGCGACGACGAGUUAAUCAAACCCAACUACGGGACAGCGUACUCGGAAGAGUGCUUUGACAGUAUCCUCAUAGACUACGGUACUGGAACAUGCCCCGACAUACACCGGAAAGUCCCAACGUCGCGAAAGUCGGAGUUCAAAAUGCGAGGGAUUUUCGAAUCGACCAAUCACAUUGCAUGAAAAUUCAAUGGGUACAUUUAUCCAAUCACUGCGUGAAAUGUAAUUGUGA